AUGUCUUCACCAGCCACCCAACAUCCACCAUCCUCAACACAACAGCAACAGAAAACCACAUCGUCGGCAGCCAGUAGCGGCGGCGGCGGCGGCAACAACAACAUACACGACAAACAAACAGCUGUAAAUUCCAACAAAGCCUCGGCCUCAGCUGCUGGUAGCGGAGGUGGUGGAGGCGGAGGCACCACCGGCAACAAUGUCCAUGACAGUCCCAUUAAAAAGCCACCAUUAAAUACCAAAGAUCGCGUCAUCGACAGUGUACCCUUUCCGCCAAGUCGCAAACUAACCGCAGCCGAUAUAUUCGAUCCACGAACCGGUAAACCCCAUCACGAUGUCCUCAAACAACAUUUCAUUUUGGAGGGCCGCAUCGAAGAGGAUGCCGCCCUGCGGAUAAUACGCGACGGUGCCACCCUACUGCGACAGGAAAAGACAAUGAUCGACAUUGAGGCUCCGGUCACGGUGUGCGGCGAUAUUCACGGCCAGUUCUAUGAUCUGAUGAAACUGUUCGAAAUUGGCGGUUCACCGGCCACAACAAAGUAUCUGUUCUUGGGCGAUUAUGUGGAUCGAGGCUAUUUCAGCAUUGAGUGUGUUCUCUAUCUGUGGUCGCUGAAGAUCACCUAUCCCACGACCCUGUUCUUGUUGCGCGGCAACCACGAGUGCCGCCAUCUGACCGAAUACUUCACAUUCAAGCAGGAGUGCAAAAUGAAAUACUCGGAACGAGUAUACGAUGCCUGUAUGGAAGCAUUUGAUUGUUUGCCGCUGGCGGCUCUCAUGAACCAACAGUUCCUUUGUGUCCACGGCGGCCUGUCGCCCGAGAUACACGAACUCGACGAUAUACGCCGUUUGGAUCGCUUCAAGGAGCCACCAGCCUUCGGACCCAUGUGCGAUCUGCUGUGGUCCGAUCCGCUGGAGGAUUUCGGCAACGAGAAAAAUUCCGAUUUCUAUACGCACAAUUCGGUGAGGGGCUGUUCAUAUUUCUAUAGCUAUGCGGCUUGCUGUGACUUUCUCCAGAACAACAAUCUGCUGUCGAUAAUACGGGCCCACGAGGCGCAGGACGCCGGCUAUCGUAUGUAUCGCAAAUCGCAGACCACAGGAUUUCCAUCGCUCAUCACCAUCUUCUCGGCGCCCAACUACUUGGAUGUGUACAACAACAAGGCGGCGGUAUUGAAAUACGAGAACAAUGUCAUGAAUAUCCGACAGUUCAACUGUUCGCCCCAUCCUUAUUGGCUUCCAAACUUCAUGGAUGUCUUCACCUGGUCGUUGCCGUUUGUGGGCGAAAAGGUCACGGAAAUGCUAAUGAACGUCUUGAACAUCUGCUCCGACGAUGAGUUGAUGAGCGAACAGGAUGAACCCUGUUCGGAUGAUGAGGCUGCGGCCCGCAAAGAGGUUAUACGCAAUAAGAUUAGGGCAAUUGGUAAAAUGGCUCGUGUCUUUUCAGUUUUGAGAGAAGAAUCCGAAUCGGUGUUGCAGCUUAAGGGUCUAACGCCAACUGGCGCCCUACCGCUGGGUGCCUUGUCGGGUGGCAAGAAGUCGCUGACGAACGCCAUGCAAGGCUUUUCGCCAAAUCACAAAAUCGCCUCAUUUGCCGAAGCCAAGGGAUUGGAUGCGGUCAAUGAACGUAUGCCGCCACGACGUGAUGCAUCGCCAUCACCGGCCGAGGAGGAUCAUCAAAAGACAUUGUCGCAACAGGCAGCCGAAGCGGCAAAUGCCUUAGCCAGUUCCAAUGCGAAUUCAAUCAAUGGAUAAUUUUAAGUCAC